GGCACAGACUGCGCAACGAGUCACACCGCAUCUCGUCUUCGUCUUAAGAUUCUCGUGCCCUAAGAUUCUCGCUCUGAAACUAAUCGGUUAGUUAGACAACACCUCGCAACGAUAACUUAUGACUUUGACUUUGAGUGUCAAGAAAUCGUCUAGAACUUAAGUGAUAUUAUACCAAGUGAUUCACGAACUCCAAGACUGAGUUUCCGCCGGUUUUGUGCCGGGACAACUUCACGGUUCUUGGAGCUCCAGAAACUAUGACCGUAACCGCCUUUGCUGCCGCCAUGCACAGACCCUUCUUCAAUGGAUAUUCUACCAUGCAAGACAUGAACAGCGGCCAAGGGCGCGUCAAUCAACUAGGUGGAGUCUUCAUCAACGGUCGUCCACUGCCCAAUAACAUUCGUUUGAAAAUCGUCGAGAUGGCCGCCGAUGGCAUUCGUCCCUGUGUGAUCUCCCGCCAACUGCGCGUCUCCCACGGCUGCGUAUCGAAGAUCCUGAAUCGCUAUCAGGAGACAGGCUCCAUCCGGCCGGGAGUGAUUGGUGGCUCCAAGCCGAGGAUCGCCACACCCGAAAUCGAGAACCGCAUUGAGGACUACAAGCGCAACAAUCCCGGCAUGUUCUCCUGGGAGAUCCGGGAGAAGCUGAUCCGCGAGGGUGUGUGCGACCGGAGCACAGCGCCCUCCGUCUCGGCCAUUUCGCGCCUGGUGCGUGGUCGCGAUGCUCCGCUGGACAAUGAUCUGUCCUCUGCCUCCGGUUCUCCCGCCGGUGGCGUUACCAAGGCCUCCAGCUCUUGCGGCUCCGAUGUUUCGGGAGGUCAUCACAACAACAGCAGCAACAACAAGCACUCCGAUGAGGAAAUCUCGGACUGCGAAAGUGAGCCGGGCAUCGCCCUGAAGCGCAAGCAACGCCGCUGCCGGACCACCUUCUCGGCCUCCCAGUUGGAUGAGCUGGAGCGCGCCUUUGAGCGCACCCAGUAUCCGGACAUCUAUACCCGCGAGGAGCUGGCCCAGCGCACCAAUCUCACGGAGGCCCGCAUCCAGGUGUGGUUUAGCAAUCGGCGGGCUCGUCUCCGCAAGCAGCACACCUCCGUAUCGGCCGGUGCCCCUGGCGGUAUGGCCUCUGUUAGCCAUGUGCCCACUGCCACCUCGUCGCUGCCAAGUGUGGUAUCCAGUGUUCCCAGCAUGGCGCCGCUGGCCAUGAUGCCCGGCUCCCUGGACGCCGCUGGCUCUGUGUACCAGCAGCAGUACGAUUUCUACGGCAGUGCUGCCAAUAUUUCCGUGGCCACCGCCGCCGCCACCACGACCAUGGGCGGCAGCAAUCUCUCGCCGGGAAUCACAACCACGCCGCCGCAUCAUCAUCAGUUCUACAAUCCGAAUGGCAGCACGGCCAGCUAUCUGAUGGCGGGCGAGAGUGGACAUAGCACCACACCCACCGGGAACAUCAUUGUGUCCGGCUAUGAAACGCAGUUGGGCUCUGUCUACGGAACGGAGACGGAAACCCACCAGACGACCAUGCCGCGCAACGAGAGUCCCAACGAGUCGGUGUCCUCCGCCUUUGGCCAGCUGCCGCCCACGCCCAACAGCCUGUCGGCGGUGGUGGGUAAUGGCGGAGUGACCUCCAGUGGGGGCAGCUCGGGAGCCGAUCCCUCGCAGUCGCUGGCCAAUGCCAGUGCUGGCAGUGAGGAGCUAUCGGCCGGUGACCUCAAGGUGGAAACGGUGGAUCUGGUGGCAGCAGCAGCGGCUGCGGCCAGUCAGUCGCAGUUGUACGGCGGCUGGAGCUCCAUGCAGGCCCUGCGUCCCAAUGCCCCGCUCUCGCCGGAGGACUCGCUGAACUCCACCAGUUCGACCAGCCAGGCCCUGGAGAUGACCACCCACCAGAUGUUCCAUCCGUAUCAGCAUGCACCGCAGUAUGCCACCUAUCCACCGACGGCACCCGGACAUGCUCACUCGCAUCCGCAUCACGGACAUCCGCAUGCCCAUGCGCCGCAUCCGCAUGCACAUCCACACGCGCAUCCGCAAUACGCGGGCGGACAUCCGCACUAUCCGCCACCCACUUCGUCGUCGCACUUCAUGCCGCAGAACUUCAAUGCCGCCGCCUUCCCAUCGCCCUCGAAGGUCAACUACUCGACGAUGCCGCCACAGCCGUUCUAUCAUUCCUGGUACUAAAAUAGGAUAUCCAUAUUCCACCUCCUCCUCCAAAAGAAGCAGGAGCAGGAGCAGGAGCAGGUGUCACCAGGAACAAGCCGCCAAAGAUGUAAAUAGCUGGGGAGAAACAUGAACACAACAACAUUUCUGAGUGGGGCAGUACUGAUGUUUUCCAUGUGGCAAAACAUCUGACAGACUCGCCCUGCCCCCCAUAAAAUAGUUCCAAUUCGUAGAGCUAAGCCUAGUAAAUAGUACCCACUAAGGUGUAGAACAUAAGACAUAAGACAUAAGAAUAUAGCCUAAGUAGCAAGUGCCUUGAAAAUAAAUAUCUAUGCUAAUUUAUCCCGUA